AUGGAAGACGUAGAGAUCAACAGGUCCACAGAUGAACCCGCCGAGAGCUCCCAAUCCUCUAAGGUAUUAUACUGACCAAGAUCUCUCUCUCUCUCUCUUUCUCUCUCUCUCUCUCUCUCUCUCUCUCUCUCUCUAGCUCGCUAACUUCAUCUCUCUUCUCUAAAUAAGAGAUCGAAGAAGGGAGCUGAAGAGGGCACGGCAAGGCCGCGCCUGCUGCAUAGUCUGGGCCUCUCGUUCCUGGUCUUGGCCCGCAAGGCGUGCCGGGCGGUGCAAGACCUCGAAGGUCCCGUGGGCACCGUCGCCAAGAAGGUGGCAUCAAUGGCCGGCCCCCUCCUUUCCCUCCUUGAGGCGCAGUGGCUCUACCUCCUCUCUUCCACCGACGGCCGCAUCCUCGCUGUUGAGGACGCCGUCGCCUCCGCCUUCCCUCCUGCAGCUCGCCUCUUCCACGCCCUCGACAAAAAGAUAACCCUCCUCCCGGAGGCUCUCCCGGAGAAGGUCGACGAGUACCUGCUGGGGCGACUCCCCGCCAUUGUAGGCCAUUUGCCGUUCCUCGGCUGGGUCUCCACCAAGUGCGUCGCCGGCACGACGACGCCCUCCGCCGCCGGCGGGGACGACAGGGAGAUCGCCGGCGAGUACCUGCCGGAGGAUCCCAUGGGGGAGGAGAAGCUCGACUCUUCCAACGAGGAGGAGUUGCAGGAAUCCGAUUAUGAAUCGGGGAGCGCUCGGAGCUGUCACGAGGAUAUCAGGGAGGUGGAGGAAGCCUGUAAGGUGAUCCUGCAGAAGCUUCAGAGAGCAUGGUCCGUGAAGGAAGAAGCCCUCGAGAAGGAAGAAGGCCUUCGAAUGGUGGAGGUGGGCAUCGAGUUGCCGAUGGAGGAUCUGAUUCUGGAGCUGUUCGAAGUAGGGUGGUCGUUGAGGUCUUCAUGGCCGAGCUCUGCUGCUCGCCGUGGGAUGAGAAGAAGAUUGUUUCCUUGUCGAUGUAUAUAA